AUGGGCAUCGUCGCCGUGGGCUACUUUGUCGAAUUUUACCGGCCGCCCCGUGUGCUUGCCGGUCAGGUGCGGGACGUCCGUUUCACUAUGGGCGAUCUGGUGGACCGCAUCAGGGUUCUGCAGGGUAUCAACCGUUAUCAGGGCGGCCGAGUUGACCUUAGCACCGUGCCCUUUGAGUACCUUCAGGACAUGAUCCAGGCCGAAAUUCUGCGCCAGGCCGCUCCGGGCCUGGGCUUCAGCGUCACCGAAGAGAAUAUCGACGAGGAACUGCGCCGCCGCUUCCGUCCCCAGCCGCCCGAAGGACAGCAGGUCGACGAGGGUCAGCUAGACCAGGAAUACGAUAAUGCGCUGACCAAUUUCCUCACUACCACAAAGCUAUCUGAAGACGAGUAUAGGCGGCUCGUGGAAGAGGAGAUACUGCGCAGUCAGCUCUCGGUAGUUAUAGAUAGCAACAUCCCGAGUCCUCUGGAGCAGGUGGAGGUGGAGUGGAUUCGGAUGGAACAGGACGGCGCCGCUGACCCGCAGCAGGUACGCGAACGCCUGAUUCGCGAGGACUUCGGUCUGGUGGCCGCUGAGGUCAAUGUCCCCGACGGCUUCACCGAUUCCCAGGGCUACGUGGGCUGGGUGCCUCAGCAAGCCUUCCCCGAACUCGACGAUACCAUUUUUGGGAAUCCCGACCGCAAUCGUGCACCCAUUGCGGAAGGCGAAAUCAGCGAUCCCCUUUUCACCCAGGAAGGGGUAUAUAUAGUCCACAUGCUGUCCGGUCCGGAGGAGCGCAAGCUGCGAGGAUUUGAAGACCUUAUUGGCUUGGGAAGCUCAGAAAUAGAAGCCCUCACCUCCGAGGAUCGCGAAUCCCUGACCCGGGAACUCCGCAUUCGCAGCAAGCUCGCCCAGCAGCGGGUUGACCAGUGGUUCGAUGACCAGGUCUCCCGUGGCUCCGAUGAAGGCUGGCUGAAGAUCAAGUUCGACAGCGACCUAUAUGCCUGGGUUGCCGACCAGGUGCAUCUGUCGGCCCCGCGAGUCCCCCAGGGUGGCCCGCCCGUUGGUGGCCCCGGGUUCCCCUAG